GGCGGCGACAAAUUUUAUAAGAAUUUCGGACUCGAACGCGAACGAAUCCCGUCAAGAAAUGUCGCUAGUGCCCACCACAUAUCGCGAUUUGUCGCGGGAAUUGGACCGACCACGUCCCAUCUACCAGCCACCCUAUGAUUUUCAACUGUAUCCGUAUCUGUGGGACGAUCCCCGGGUCUGGUGCCCAGCCCAUACCAACAGGAGUGACCUGAUGCGUCCGCUGGAUGAGCUGGUGACCCGUCGAGUGAGGAACCAACUGAUCCAAUCGACGCCCUACGACUGGUCCUAUCCGAUGCGAUGGGACAACUACUAUUCCGGUGAACGGGUCCACGUCGAUGAGAAGGGAUUCCGUAUCGACAUCGAUGUCCGGCAGUUCCAUCCCCAUGAAAUCGUGGUCAAGACCAACGACGACUACAUCAUCGUCCAGGGUAACCACAAUCGCCGCAGCGAGGGCUCCAACGGAAUGGUGGAGCGUCACUUUGUACGGAAAUAUCUUCUGCCCCGGGGCUACAAUGCCAACGAAGUGAUCUCGGACAUAUCCUCCGAUGGUGUUCUGACCAUCAAGGCACCUCCACCGCCGCCAGCCAAGUACUAUGCUCCCGGAGAGCGACUGGUGCGGGUCCAUGAGACGGGCAAGUUGGCCCUUCCCUGGAAAUAGA